AUGGCGACGCUGGGAGGCGAAUCGCAACCCUUCCCCAGCGCUGCUCUGGCGGCGGCGGCAACAGCCGGGGUGGGCAGCGGCGGCAGCGGGUCGCUGGGUUUGCAGGCGCCGCUGAACCGCGGUCUGGAGCGGGCUUUGGAAGAGGCGGCACACUCCGGGGGGCUCAACCUGAGCGGCAGGAAGCUGAAGGAAUUCCCGCGCAGCGCUGCCGCCCUCAGCCACGAUCUCUCCGAUACGGUGCGGGCAGAUUUAUCCAAGAAUAGAUUAACCGAGGUUCCUACAGAGUUGUGCCAUUUUGUGUCCUUGGAAACACUAAAUCUAUACCACAAUUGUAUUAAAAUUAUACCAGAUGCCAUAGUAAACUUGCAAAUGCUGACAUACUUAAAUUUGAGUCGAAAUCAGCUUUCUUCUUUGCCAGCUUGCCUGUGUGGUCUUCCACUAAAAGUCUUAAUUGCAAGUAACAAUAAGCUAGGUUCACUUCCAGAAGAAAUAGGUCAGCUAAAACAGUUAAUGGAACUGGAUGUCAGCUGUAAUGAAAUCACAGCAUUACCACAGCAGAUAGGUCAACUGAAAUCCUUAAAAGAAUUGAAUGUCAGAAGAAAUUACCUCGAAGUUUUACCCCAAGAGCUAGUUCAGCUUCCUUUGGUAAAGUUUGACUUUUCCUGCAAUAAAGUGCUUGUGAUACCAAUUUGUUUUAGAAAGAUGGUGCAGUUACAAGUGUUACUGCUUGAGAACAAUCCUUUGCAGUCUCCACCAGCACAAAUUUGUACAAAGGGUAAGGUGCAUAUAUUCAAAUACCUGACUGUACAGGCCUGUCAGAUUAAAACAGCAGACUCACUGUAUCUUAAUGCCAUAGAACAACAGCAUUUGCCACAGCCUGUGGAAGAGAGCAUUGAUGACAUCUACCCAAGUAAAAAGGACUCAGAUUCAGGUGUUGGUAGUGAUAAUGGUGAUAAACGCUUGUCAGCAACAGAGCCAUCUGAUGAAGAUACUCUCAGUUUUAAUCUUCCAAUGUCGGACAUUGUGGAAGAAGAUCAGGUUGUAAAAGAAGAUUCAGGUCACCAUGCCAACUCAAGGAAAGUAGAAUUCCAUCAAGGAUCUUCUCACUUGAUCGUCAGUGAUAAGUCAAGAGAAACUGCAAACCAGUUUGAUGACUCAGAUACUCUUACUACUGAAUUUAUGAGUUACAUUAAGAGCAGAGCAGCAGAGUGUGAUGAACUAUUGAGAAUAGAAGAGGACACACAAUGGCAAACAGACGAACUAAUAAAUUUAUCAGAAGAGCAAACUAUUGAUAUAGCAAUGAUAGAACAACUAAGAGAAGCAGUAGAUUUAUUACAAGAUCCCAACAGAUUAAGCAUGGAUAUUUCAGAGAGCAGUGGUGUGAAUCUGUAUCCCAUGGAACCCGCAACAGCUUUAGAGUUUCAGGAGUCUACAGUAAACGGUCAAAUACAGAUGGAGAUGUCUUCCCUUGGUCAGAGAGAAAAUGCUGAAGAGGAGCUAGAAUUUCAGAGGAGGAGGGAGCUGAUUAUGGAGAAAGCAAAGCCUGAAGUGAGAACUUGUGAACAGGGUGAAAAAUGGUCAUUGAGUCAGAAUGAUAUAAUUGUUUGGAAUACAAGUGGGCAAACGUCUCACAAUGAGAACAAGAAUAAAAGCCCGACAAUGUCUCCUACUACAAACACCACAAUCCCUUUUGGCCUGAAGCCACGAUCAGUGUUCUUAAGACCACAAAGAAAUUUGGAAUCAAUAGACCCACAAUUUACAAUUCGAAGGAAAAUGGAGCAGAUGAGAGAAGAGAGAGAACUCGUGGAACAGCUUCGUGAGAACAUUGAAACAAGACUAAAGAUUUGUUUGCCUGAAGACUUGGGAUCUGCUCUGAUGGAUGGAGUAGUUCUCUGCCAUUUAGUCAAUCACGUUCGUCCUCGCUCUGUGGGAAGCAUUCAUGUACCUUCACCAGCAGUACCUAAACUUAGCAUGGCCAAAUGCAGGAGAAAUGUAGAAAACUUUCUGGAUGCAUGUAGAAAAUUGGGGAUACCAGAGGAGAAGCUCUGCCUACCACAUCACAUCCUAGAAGAAAAGGGCUUGGUAAAAGUGAGCAUAACAGUUCAAGCAUUGCUAGAUGUAACCACAGUGAAACAAGCUUUAUUCACAUGAAACUGCCCUCCCUGCUGUUACCAGCUCCACUGUGCCAUCAAAGAAUCAAAAUACUGCCCAUCUUUUCAAACUGCAUUGAAAAAACAACAAAACCCAAACCAAACCAAACAAAAAAACCCAACAGUGCUCCAAGAGUAUUCUUACACUUCUGAUUUUAAAGUCAUCUUUCAGACUGUGCAUCAAGCUACAAGCCAGAAACUAACCAGGAACAUUUUCUAGAGCUUCACUGCUUUUAUAGCUCACUUUGUACAGUACUUACUAAAACAGCCACCUCUCUGCCACUUAAAAAAUGUGUGGAGUACACAGCUGUCUUGCAGCAAGAUACCUUCAUACUAUUAACCUUAAGAAUCAUUGUAAUCAUUUGGGGGGUGGGAGGAGGGGGAGAGUAAAUCAGACUUCUACCACGUUAGUUUUUUCUGCAGUUGCUUCAGGCCAUUGCCUUUUAAAAAUAUCCAGACAUAAGAUAUUUAUAUAAAUAUUAUUUAUUAGUGAGUUGUUAUUCAUCCUUUGGAUGCAAAAUGUAAAUUAGGAAACUGUAUUUUAUUACUGCUUUUUUGUGGUUAAACACUUUAUUUUAAUAUAAAUAUUUAGUUAUUUUUUAUUCUACUUGGUGUGCAGUAGCUCUUGAUCUCCAUAAAUUGUAUUUUCUAACAUGUAAAAUAAAAAGCAAACAAAACAGGUGCUUUUAUUAAGAGAACAGCUAGCUGGAAUGACAUUCUUUAAUUCUUGAAUUGGUGGAACAUUGGUAAAAAUUUGUCUGCAUUCCAUUGAGUUUCCUACAUUCCAGUAGCACUUUCCCCCCCACUAGACUAAAUUGGCUGAAACUGAGAGCACACCCGUUUUAUUUGUAUAUAGAUGUUGGGGAAAAAAAAUAGGAAAGAUGUAAACUUGAAAAAUAAAUGUGAACAACUAUUUUUGAUUGCUUAUUUUUACUAUGCACAAGACAUUUAACUUUUGCCACAACAAAAUGAGUGAUGUGCAUUAGGAUCAUGUGUCUUGAAAUAUAAUUUUGCACUGUAAAUUGAUUUCUUUUAAAGACUGCAGCACUAUAGAACAAAUAAUCAAAGAAACCAGCACAAGAAUAUCAGCAAGAAUAUUUACCAGGCAGCCAAACACUCGUUUUCAUCAAUGAUUCCUUUGACAAGAGAGAAAAUGAUUAAAAUUGCCACAGGCAGCCUCAGAGACCUGAUGAUCUUCCAGAUACAACCUGCUGGGUACAGUGCUUCUCCUUUGUGUCUCCAUCACUUCCCCACAGAACUAAGCACAGUGCUCUGUGUGUAGUGAAUGUUUGCAGGAUCAGACCUCUAAUCCCACAUCAGCAAUGGGAAAUAAGGGUCUCUUCCUUACCAAUACUUAAUGAUUUAAAAAAAAAGCCAAAAAGCAUCAUGUAUUAUUAAAACAUCACUUUUUGAUCCAAAAAGUUCCAGUGCAGUGAUUCUCAGAGUACCUGGAACAUCCAUUCCUCUUUCAGAUGAGAGGUUAGGGAUGUAACUUGGGCAAGCAGGACAGGAAAGCUGCAGGUGGUGAGGAGGCUUGGCUGGGGGAGAGGGGGAACCCACCUGGCAGACAAGCUGGGCAUUGAAAAUGAGAAAAAAAAAAAAAGAGGCAAAGUGUAGGGGGAGGACUAAAUAUUCAAGCAAGGCAAGGUGGAGAAAACUCUCUGUAUAAAGACUUUUUGGGAGGAAGAUGCAUGCCUGUCACUACCACGUCUCUAGGCAGUUACAUGCACGUUCACGUGGCCACUGUGUUCCAACUCACCAGUGUUCCAGUAGCAGAUUUUUAAUGGUUAAUUCCUUAAUUGAACACAGACAACACAUUUUAACCCCACAGAUUGCCAGGGUGCUGGUAGGUAUCCGGAGCAACAUGUUAGGAGUGUUAGGAGGAGGAGAGCAGACAGUGAGACACAGGGUAUGCAUGGAACAUCCAGUUACUUCAACCAAAGCAAAACUGUUUAUUUUGUAGAGGCAACAUCAACUUAAAUUGUAAUUUUGAUUGGCAGCUAGCAUAUUGUUUCCUAUAAAAUAAUGUACUGUGCACUUUAACACUAAAUUAAAAUGUAUUUUAAUAUUUUACAGAGCUGCACAAGUAUCUUGUGUCAAAAAGCACGAGUAAUGUAAAGAAAAUAAGUUUUCAAGUCAGAGUUUAUCAAAUUUUAAAAGCAUUCAAAGAGCAAGUAUAAAAAAAUAGGAAUAUUGAUUUCUGCAUCUUGAGGGGUAAAAUGCAGGUUUCCUGAGUAUUUUUUUACAAUGUAUAUAUGGCAACAUGAAGCUUUUAAUUAUUAUUUUGACAAAUCUUGGGUUUUUUUCAUAAUUAAAAUUUUGGUUUUCUCCUGAUAGUGUCUUUCAGUAUUUGCUUGAAGUUGGCUGUAAAUAAAUAGCUCUAAAUAUUUUGUAAUACAGCUUUUUUUUUUUUAUGCGGUCUUAACCUGUAUGGCUAAAAAGAGACUCUUCCUGAAUCUUUGUACACUAUUUAUAUGUGCAAUAAAACAUGCAUGGCAAAUCUGUAAUACCCUAAGCAGUGAACAUAAUGUAUAUAGGAAAUCUUUACUGUAGUUACAAUUAAACUAUAUUAUUUGUAGAAACCCUU